ACACAAGUGCUGCCUGGUACAUGUAUCCUUUGCCUACCGGCCUAGCCUGGUGGAGAGCGGUUACUGUGGGUAUUGCUGUGUAAUGUUGUUAGGGGCACAGCUGUCUGUCACCACGAGUAACAUGUUACAUUUUCCUCCCAGUUGUAGCACUGUGUCCCUGUGCUUGUUGUUGCUGACCCAGCUCGCUGGGAAAAUUGAGACCAGGCUGAAGGAACUACCCCCUUCACUCCAUGUUGACCUCUCCCUCAGGCUGGCGCCAUGCCCCCUCCUGCAGAGGUGACAGACCCGUCCCAUGCCCCAGCUGUGCUGCACCAACUCAAUGAACAGCGUCUCCGUGGCCUCUUCUGUGACGUCACCCUCAUUGCUGGAGACACCAAAUUCCCUGCUCAUCGAAGCGUCCUGGCUGCCUCCAGCCCCUUCUUCAGAGAGGCCUUGCUAGCUCAAGCUCCAUCACCACUGCCACCUGUGACAAGGGACCCUGCCCCAAACCCUUCUGCUUCUUCUGCUUCUGCCUCCUCUUCCUCUUCCUCCUCCUCUUCCUCCUCCUCUUCCUCUUCUUCUUCUUCCUCUUCCUUUUCCUCUUCUUCUUCCUCCUCCUCUCCACCUCCACCAUCCUCCUCCCCUACAGCUUCCCACCCACCCCGGGUUCUAGAAUUGCCAGGAGUCCCAGCAGCCGCCUUCUCCGACGUCCUCAAUUUCAUUUACAGUGCCCGACUGGCACUGCCUGGAGGUGGUGGGGACGGGGCAGCUAUGGCAGAAAUUGGGGCUUUGGGACGGCGCCUAGGGAUCUCACGACUUCAGGGACUCAGUGAAAAUGGAGAUGCUUGGGUUCCUCCUGCUCCACCACCCCCAGCUCCACCUGAGAUUGAUAGUUUUGCCACUAGGCCUUCAAAGGAGUGGCAGGGAAGUGGAAGUGAAGUCCCUACAUCACAGACUUCCCUUCCCCGGCGGUCUCUUCCCUGCCCUCGCUGUGGGAAAAAUUUUAUCCAUGCUAAACGGCUGCAGACACAUGAAGCCCAGUGUAGGCGAGGGACAGGGGCUCGGGGCACAGCAGGUGGGCAAGGGGAUGGAGGCUCCCAGGAAGAAAGCCCAGAAACAAUCCGAAAUUCAUCUGCUUCCCCCAGCACAAGUUUUCGAGGGGGUCCAGAGCAUGUGGUGAAGGUAGUGGGUGGUCAUGUGUUAUAUGUCUGUGGGGCUUGUGAACGCUCCUAUGUGACACUCUCAAGUCUGAAGCGGCAUAGUAAUGUGCACUCAUGGAGGAGGAAAUAUCCCUGCCGCUACUGUGAAAAGGUGUUUGCCCUGGCUGAAUAUCGGACCAAGCAUGAGGUGUGGCACACAGGGGAACGGAGAUACCAGUGCAUCUUCUGCUGGGAGACAUUUGUCACCUAUUACAACUUGAAGACUCACCAGCGAGCUUUCCAUGGUAUUAGCCCAGGCCUCUUGGCCAGUGAGAAGACCCCCAAUGGUGGCUACAAACCCAAGCUGAAUACUCUCAAGCUAUACCGCCUUCUCCCCAUGCGGUCUGCCAAGCGACCCUACAAGACUUAUAGCCAAGGAGCACCCUCUACCCCUGCUUCUGCCCCUUUGUCACCAGAACCCACUCCAUCUGCACCUGCUGUCCCCCCCAUCCUCCCCACAACACCCCCACCCCCACCUGUCCCUCCUCCACCUCCCACCCCUGCCCCCCUACCUUCUGUCAUUGCCUUUGCUCAUCCAGCCCCUUCAGUAAUUGUACAUGGGGGCAGCAGCACAGGAAGUAGCACGACUGGCACAACUGGAGCUCAGGCUGCCUCAGUGAUUGCCUACACAGCUCCGCCCAGGCCUCCUAAGAAACGUGAAUACCACCCCCCUCCACCCCAGCCAGCAGUAGCAGUGGUCACAGCAACACCAUCCACCCCAGCUACAACCACACCAGGGGCCACUGCAGAAGAGAACAAGGGUAGGAACCUCCGGGCAGGAAAGACUCUGACAUACACAGCCAAACCAGCUGGUGGAGGGGGGAUGGGACCUUCUGGGGGGCUCAACUGGGGUGGAGACUCUUCCCAACCCCAGCCCCCACCACCACUGUGCCAGAUCACAGUUCGAAUAGGUGAGGAAGCUAUUGUCACUCGAAGAAUUUCUGAAACUGACCUCCACCCUGGAGAAGCUAGUGGCCUUGAAGAAGGAGAGGACAGUGAAGAGGAGGAGGAGGAGGAAGAAGAAGAGGAAGAGGAGGAAGAAGAGACUGAGGCUGGGAGUGAGGACCAACUCUGGCGGCCAUACUAUUCCUAUAAACCUAAACGGAAAUUGGUUGGCACUGGUGGGGGGAGUAGUGGGACCAGCAGCAGUAGUGGGACCUCCAAAUGUCGCCGCUCUCGAUGGAGAAGGAAGUUUGAAAGACGAUCCUGGGAGGAGUCCAGAUCCACUGAAAGCCCCUCUGGACAGACCAGCAGUGAGUGGAAACAUCAGUGUGGUGACUGUGGCAAAGCUUUCUCAGCUCUAAGGAAGCUGCACAAACACCAGGAAGCCCAUGGUAAUGGGGGCACCCAGGGACCCCGGGCUGGCCGAAAGCCUUUGACCCGUUUUGCCUGUUCCCAUUGUCCAAAGGUGUGUAAGACAGCAGCUGCCCUGAGCCGCCAUGGGCAGAGGCAUACUGGGGAGCAGCCAGGGGGUACCCCUACACCUGUUAUUGCCUAUUCUAAGAGCAGUGGAGGAAGUGGGACUGGAUCAGGACUGGGAUUAGGUGACAGUGGGGUGAAGGAAGAGGCCCCUCAGGAAAUGCAGGUGUCAUCAUCCAGUGGGGAGGCUGGUGGAGGAGGGGGAAUUGGUGGUGGGGGCCUUGAGGCUGCCUCUCUCCAGGAUCCUGUUAUUUCAGGAGGAGAAGAACCCCCAGCAGUGGGAGACGGGAGCUAUCCUCCAGUGCAAGAGUUCCCCUUGGCCCUGGUUGAAGAUAAGCAGGAAGUUUCAGGUCGGGGGGAGAAGACUGGAGCUGAGGGAUUGAUUGGGGAGGGUAUAGAAGGGACUGCACCUGCCAAAGUCACUUUCUACCCUGAAUCCUACCCACUGGUAUAUGGUCCUCAACUCCUUGCUGCCUAUCCUUACAACUUUGGUAACCUUGCUGCACUCCCAGUUGCCCUCAACAUGGUUCUGCCUGAUGAGAAGGGUGGUGGUGCCCUACCCUUCCUACCUGGGGUCUUCAGCUAUGCUGUGAAUCCUCGGGCAGCACCCCCCACACCCCCUCUUCCUCAGUCGAUGCCUUCACCAGUUCCCCCCAAGGGAGAUGGGGGUGGAGGAGGAAUUGAGAGGGCCCAGAAGGGAGAUGUGGGAUGAACUCAUUACUUGGUUAGCCCCUUCCACCAGAAACCACCCUUGCUUUCUACCUACCCUCUUUCUUCCUGCUCCUGGCCCACUGUCCCUAGCUUGUCCCCCAAGUCCCCUGGAGAUCUCUAGUAGCCUCUGUGCUAUAACUGCUAAUAUGAGAGGAAUGCAGGGAAAAAGAUUCCUGAGAUCUCUUGGGUUGAAGCUGAUUUGGGGCUUAUAGCAGUUUUCCCAUUUCAAGAGAAGUGAUGAUUGGUGAGUCUCACCACCUCUUUUCCUCUUUUCCAAAUCUCUCCCACCCCACCUGCUUCACCAUAUCAGCCCAGGGUAGUCCCUAUGGGAAGGGUAUCUUUCAGUAUUAAUGUAGUUACCCAGAUCCCUAGCUCCUGGAGUGACAUAGAUACAUGUGUGUGUACAUAGACAUGUGUGUGUGUGCGCACACGUAUAUUCCUCCUCAGAAAUGCCACUUGUGGUUUCUAGAUCUAGGGGGAAUACCACCUCUUACCUUGUAACCUACUUUCCCUGUACUGUUUCCUUCCUACCACUACAAAAAAAAAAAACAAAACAAACAAAAAAAAAACUUUUCCCCAGCACAUUCCAUUACCUCUCCCCUCUCCACUCCAGUACAGCUGACAGGGUAGUAUGGCUCAAUGCCAGAACCAUUGUAAUACCCAUCAUCUACACACCUAGGGACCUUCUGAAAUAACUCCUGUGCUGCUGGGCAAUGUUUUCUCCCUAUCCAGAGCAAUAGUCAUGUUCUUCUGUCCCCCAACUUCAAUGUUGGUCAUUCCUAGACUCAAGUGAAAAGAAUUGGUUGCUGGUUGGGCCAUUUAGGAGGCUCUCUCUGCUCAGCCAGAUUGGGGGGAGCAGGGAAUAAUAGAAGUCACUUCUAUUUUAGGGGGGUGAUGGUUUCACCCAGACCAGAACAAAUGUCAAAAACUAUUGGAGUAAUGUCUGGGUAUGGGAGGUCCUAAAAUUUGCACAUGCCCUCCUGCCCUUUCAACUCUAUUUUUCCUAAUGUUAUAUCCACAAACACUGGUAUGGAUCCAAAUGGAACUGUCUUAUUUCCCAGGUUGUAUAUUAAAGCACCCCCUCCAACUCCACUAUACGGAGAUCCCUUUCCAUCCAAAAGAGCACCUUACCCUUAAGGGAUGGGGGGAACAAGGGACCUCCAAGUAGCCCCCAAACUUCUAAUUUGCACUAAUGAUACCCCAUUAAGGGGUGCCCUAUUCCCUCUCAGUAGGGAAAAUGGGUACUAUUUCCCAAUCCCUUGAGCCCAUGAAAAAUAAUCUUCUAAUCUCAUCUCCAUGCUGGGGAACUGGAGCUAAAACCCUCUUUCUGUUCACUUCUCAGAUUGAGCCUCCCCCAUCUAAGAUUAGGUGAAAGAUAACUUCCCCUACCCAUGUCUAAAUGAAAACACAAAACAAGGAGAGUCAGGUAGGGGGGAGUAAGUUUGAUGGGUAUGAAGUAAUUUGAAAAAAGCAAAAGCUGCUUUCUACUUAAAAUGGCAAGAAUUUCUCCCAACCACCAAUAACUGAUCAGGGGUCAAGAUAAUGGUUCUCAGCAUGCUCAAAUGCUAAAGUCAAAAGUAAUGACUCCUAGAGGCAGGUAGAUUUGGAGUGUGGGGAUUCUUCCCCCAGUUCCCAAACUGCUUGUUAUUCCCUUACAAGCAAAGUGAUCAGGGGCAUUGGGGUAGGAGAGAAGGCCUGCCUCACUCCCUGUAUAUUGAGUAUCAUUCCUCCCUCUCUGCACUUUUUUUGGUCUAGACCAAAACCCAAGAAAAGAGUUUCCUCCUGAAUGUACCAAGUCCCAAUGUUUAAGGAAAAAACAAAAAAUACAGCAAAACAUUCCCCCCCUUCCCUCCCCCCAAAAGAUCUUGUUUUUGGCACUUUAGAGAAAAACUGUGGGAAACUACAUAAUAAAAUAUAUAUCUACACACAAAUAUACAUAUAUUAUGUAUAUGUAUAUAUAUAUAUAUAUAUAUAUAUAUAUAUAUAUAUGUAUGUGUGUAUAAGUAUAUAUGGGAAUCACAAGAGACUGAAGAAUGCCUGGAGGCAAAGAGGAGAUGAACUAAGGGCCUCUCCCUCCCCUCUCCACCUUUAUAUUUACCCUUCUCCAGAGAAAGGAGGGGAGAAAAAAGAGGAGAGUUCGGGACUCCUGAGAAAUGAUCAGAUAAUUUUUAUUUCAAAAUAGAUUGACAUUCCAAACAAUAGAGAUUAUGGAAGUAUUAAAAGGUUUGGCAAUGUUACUAUUUGAGAAAAUCCAGAUUCUAGGAUUUUGAAACUUUGACUAAAUUAAGAUCAUAGGAAAUUGGAAGGGUUUCUUUGGAAUGAGGCAUCUUGCAAUUGUGGAAAUAACAGAUAUUGUAAAUUUUAGAUUGAAAAUGAUUGUGAUCCCUGUUGUGCCAAGCCCUUUUACUCCCUCACUGAGAGGGAAGCCAUUAUAAAGAGGGGGAAGGCUUUUGGAUCAGUGCUGCGAAGAGAAAGGAAAGAUUUAAGAUAAUACAAACUUUUUAGCUUUAUAUUUUUAAGGAAACAGACUUAGAAAAACUGAUUAUAUUUAUCUUUCCACAUCUGUGUGUGUCCAAUUCUCUACCUUUUAGGUGAAUAAACAGACAAAUGGACUGUGCUCUGUA